AUGUAUGCAGAGAAAAACUCGGAAGGCAUGGAGGAGGAGGAUGAAGAGGAUGAGGAGGAAGAAAAGGAAGGGGACAAGGACAAUGACACACAGGUUCUUGAUAUGCUUCCCACCCCCAGAGACCUGGUGGGGGAAGCAACAGUUGCUCAUUAUGCCUCUUGUCUAAGAGAAUGCAGGCAAGUGGGCAUGCCUGUGCACGUGGGUGCAGCUCUGCAGUGUUGGGGCCAAGCCAAGGCAGACUCAACUUACACCACAUGCUCACUUGCUCCUGCUCCUGCUCCUGCUCCUGCUCUUCUUGCUGUCACAAUAACUGAGCAAUGCAUUGCUGAUGUUAUGUCACAGCCAGUCCAUGCAUGCCAGCCCAAACCACCUCAGGGGAAACAACAAAGUUCACAAGAGGCUGGUGUUCUAUGUCUUGCCUAA